UUCAAGUCCGGACCGCCUUAGACCAGACUACACUGCAGACUGUAUAAAACAGUGGGAGCGUGCUUUUUGCUUCCUGACGAAGUACUAUUUCUCUCUCUUCUCUCUCUCUCUACCGUCGACGGAGAGGUCGCCGUAAACUCUCCCUUGUCCGGCUAUUUCAUCAGGGAUUUGCAGGAUUUCUAAUUUGCAGAAUGGAACAAAAGAAGAGAAAUCCGCUAUCACUUCGUAAGCUACGCAGGUACAUCAAACUCACCGUUGAGAUGGAACGUUUGAAGGGGUUAAAGAAAGCCUUUGAGAACAAGGAGAAGAUGGCCAAUUUGGAAUUGGCGAUUGUUCUCACCAAUGAGAUGAAGGAUUUGAAGGGGCUCAGGGAUGUGUUUGAGGUCAACGAGGCGAGGGUCCGUCUAGAAUUGGCGAGAGCUCGGGUUGAUUUGAAAGCGUGUAAGGAAAAAAUCAGAGAAAGUAAGGGGAAACUUUCAGAUAUGGAGCACCUUUUCCAGGGGAUGGACACCAUCUCUGUUUCAACAGAAGAAGAGUUGGUGUCUGCCUCUAAACUGAUCCACACGAGGGGUGUGGGAGGUGGGAAGAUGCAAGCUGAGAUUGUUUACGCUCCGAAUCUGACAUUUGCUGCGCACUCAAAACUCAAAAGAUUUCUCCUCAGAAAAGAAGAUUCCCAUUCAUGAGUAUAAAGCGCGACGCUGAAGAUGGAUUGCUUGGAUGUAAACACUUUUUGUAGUCUCUGUUGAUCUUGUGGAUAUAAACACUUUUUGUAGUCUCUGUUGAUCUUGUAAACUCUUUAAUGUCUGGUAUGGAACUCCGAAAAAUGUUAAAAACAGGUGGCAUGCCCUAUAAUUUGAGGGCUGUCGAAGGGAGUGGGACACCCUUCAUGAGAGAGGGUCUUUUUUUAGUUUUAUGAAAAUAAUAAGGGCUGUAGUCAUAUGCAUGCUUCUAGCACUUGUUGGCAGGGACGUAACUUGCAGAAACUUUGUUCUGCAUUGAGUUUGAUUCAGCCAGAGGCUGGAUGAUCUGAGCUUGCUAACUGAGCCCAAAGGUUCAGAUGGACUUGCAUAUUUGUUUAGUUUUAAUCGGACCAGGGGGCAGAAUGGCUUGGCAAUGUGGUGUCCAAGUGCGAGUAAAUAUUUUAGCAUCUUAAAAUUUUAAUUUAAAGCUAUCUUUAGGAGAGUCAAAUUGUUCAAA